AUGGCUGCCAAAUUCAAGCAGCUGCCCGAGGAGCUUCAGCUGGCCACAUCAGCUCAUGUCAAAUACAUCCAAAGCCUGGACACGAGAAAGGACGAGUAUGACUAUUGGCUGACGGAGCACCUGCGACUUAACGGACUCUACUGGGGCUUGACUGCCCUCCACCUGCUCGGCCAUCCCGAAGCGCUGCCCCGCACCGAGACCAUCGACUUUGUGCUAUCAUGUCAACAUGAAAGUGGCGGUUUUGGCGCCGCACCCGGCCAUGACGCGCACAUGCUCUCCACCGUCAGUGCGGUGCAGAUUCUCGCCAUGGUUGACGCCUUCGACGAGCUAGAGUCGCGCGGAAAGGGCAAGGCGCAAGUGGGCAAAUAUAUUGCCAAUCUUCAGAACCGCCAGACUGGCACUUUUGCCGGCGAUGAGUGGGGGGAGGAAGACACGCGGUUCCUUUAUGGCGCGUUCAACGCGCUCUCGCUCCUUGGGCUCCUUCACCUCGUUGAUGUCGACAAGGCAGUUGAUCAUAUUGCGGCAUGCGCCAACUUUGACGGCGGAUACGGAGUGAGCCCUGGGGCUGAGUCCCACGCUGGUCAGAUAUUCACCUGCGUGGCAGCCUUGACAAUCGCCGGCAGGCAAGACCUCGUGGAUAAGGAGAGACUUGGAAGGUGGCUCAGCGAGAGACAAAUUGCCGGAGGCGGUCUCAACGGUCGGCCAGAGAAAAAAGAGGACGUCUGCUACAGCUGGUGGGUCCUCAGCAGUCUGGAGAUGAUCGGCAAGACUCACUGGAUCGACAAAGACCAGCUGAUAGCCUUCAUACUCAGAUGCCAGGACCCCGAGCGAGGAGGCAUCUCAGACAGGCCUGGUGACAUGGUCGAUGUUUGGCAUACAGUCUUUGGUCUUGCUGGGCUCAGCUUACUGCAGUACCCCGGGUUACAGCCUGUGGACGAGGUUUACUGCAUGCCCAAAUCCACCAUCGCGCGGGUAUUGGGCCGAUGAACAGCAAUCAACUUCUUCCUGGUGAACCUGGGGCAUCUGACAUCUGCACCAGUUUGCUCCUUGCAAAAAUGAUGUGACCUCGAUUGCAUUUUAUCUCUUGCAAUCUAAUAACCUCCCAACACCACCCUCCAUGUUGGAUAGGAUACAAGGCAAGAGAAAAUAAACUCGCCUCCAUUUCUUUACUUGUUGCUAGCAUUUUCUUUGCAAGCUGGCUUAGAAUUGGUGGAAACAUUGUCUUCUCCCUUCGGAGGCUUCUGGCUGCCGCAUAUGCAGAGCCUUAAAGGGGGAAGGGGUUCGCAAUAGACUACUGGCACCAAGUAACAUUCAACAAAUGAUCACGGCACUCAUUUAGAUAUUGACAUCAAAAUGAAAGGACUUCUAGGCUCGCU